UGUGAGCGGUGUGUGACUCCCUAUCUGUUCCGGGCGGCAGCAACAGCGGCAGGUGUGAGUGUCCGCUCGGUGUGCUGUAUCGCUUUAGCUGAAGGAGGAGGGUCGUCCGGCUGCACAGCUCCUCCUCGUGUGUCCCAUGGCGAGUCUUCUGCGCGUGGUUGCCAGCAGCUGCUCUAUCCCCCUCUUCAGCGGGGUCCCCAGGCUGCAGAGCGUCCGGGCGGUGAAAACGCCAUGCGUACGCUUCUUCAGGACCCACCAGGCUCUCACUCGAGCUGCUAGUCCAGGCAUUCCUUAUAAGCAGCUGACUGUUGGUGUUCCUAAGGAGAUCUUUGAGAAUGAGCUGCGAGUGGCGCUCUCGCCGGCGGGAGUGGACGCUCUCAUCAAACAGGGGUUUAAUGUGGUGGUGGAGUCCGGCGCCGGAGAGGCCGCCAAGUUUCCAGAUGAGAUGUACUCCAGGGUCGGGGCCACGGUGAAGGACGUCAAAGAUGUCCUAGCGUCUGAUAUCGUGCUGAAGGUUCGUGCCCCCAUGAUGAACCCGGCUUUGGGUGUCCACGAGACAGAGCUGAUGAAGGACGGAGCCACGCUGGUGAGCUUCAUCUAUCCAGCUCAGAAUCCUGAACUGAUGGACCGGCUGGCCCAGCGCAGAGCCACCGUACUCGCCAUGGACCAAGUGCCCCGUGUCACCAUCGCCCAGGGGUACGAUGCCCUCAGCUCCAUGGCCAACAUCGCUGGUUAUAAAGCUGUGGUCUUGGCAGCAAACAACUUUGGCCGCUUCUUCACUGGACAGAUCACCGCUGCAGGAAAGGUCCCUCCUGCUAAGGUGCUGAUUAUUGGAGGUGGUGUUGCUGGGCUGGCUGCUGCGGGCACUGCCAGGGCGAUGGGUGCCAUCGUCAGGGGCUUUGACACAAGAGCGGCGGCCCUGGAGCAGUUUAAGUCGCUGGGAGCCGAGCCGCUGGAGGUGGACGUGAAGGAGUCCGGGGAAGGCCAGGGCGGCUACGCUAAGGAGAUGUCGAAGGAGUUCAUCGAGGCUGAGAUGAAGCUUUUUGCCAAGCAGUGUUUGGAUGUUGACAUCCUCAUCAGUACUGCCCUCAUCCCUGGUCGCAGAGCUCCAGUUCUCAUCAGCAGGGAAAUGGUGGAGAGCAUGAAGGAUGGAUCAGUGGUGGUGGAUCUGGCUGCAGAGGCAGGGGGCAACAUCGAGACCACUGUUCCUGGACAGCUCACCGUUCACAAAGGCGUGACCCAUAUUGGUUACACAGAUCUUCCCAGUCGUCUUCCCACCCAGUCCAGCACCCUGUACUCCAACAACAUCAUCAAGCUGCUCCGAGCCAUCAGCCCAGACAAGGAGAACUUCCAGUACGAGGUGAAGGAAUCCUUCGACUACGGAACCAUGGACCACGUUAUCCGCGGAUCAGUCGUCAUGCAGGAUGGAAAGGUGCUGUUCCCUGCACCACAACCCAACAAUGUCCCUGUAGCAGCUCCACCCAAACCUAAAUCUGUACAGGAGCUGGCGAAGGAGAAGGCUGCUGCUGUCUCUCCAUUCAGAGCUACUUUCACCACUGCUGGAGCAUACACAGGAGGUCUUGCGUCGAUGCUUGGGCUCGGGCUAAUAGCGCCCAACGCUGCUUUCCCCCAGAUGGUGACGACCUUUGGACUGGCAGGAAUUGUGGGAUACCACACAGUGUGGGGUGUUACUCCUGCUCUCCACUCUCCUCUGAUGUCCGUUACCAACGCUAUCUCUGGUCUGACUGCGGUUGGUGGGCUCUCUCUGAUGGGAGGAGGGUACCUUCCCUCCAGCACCGCACAAACCCUGGCAGUCCUCGCUGCUUUCAUCUCCUCCGUCAACAUAGCAGGUGGUUUCCUCGUCACUCAGCGGAUGUUGGAUAUGUUCAAGCGGCCCACAGAUCCCCCAGAGUAUAACUACCUGUACCUCCUCCCGGCCGGAGCGUUUGUGGGAGGUUAUGGAGUGGCGCUGCAGAGUGGAUAUGACGUUGAACAGAUGAUGUACCUGGGCUCAGGCAUGUGCUGUGUUGGAGCUCUGGGUGGCCUGUCGAACCAGUCCACCGCUCGCCUGGGGAACGCUCUGGGUAUGAUCGGUGUGGCAGGUGGCAUCGCCGCCACUUUCGGGGUCCUGAAGCCCACUCCCGAGCUUCUGGGCCAGAUGACUGCCGCCAUGGCAGUGGGUGGCACCGCCGGUCUAGCCAUCGCCAAGAAGAUCCAGAUUUCAGACCUGCCGCAGCUGGUGGCCGCUUUCCACAGCUUGGUCGGUCUGGCCGCCGUGCUCACCUGCGUGGCCGAGUACAUGGUGGAGUACCCCCACUUCGCCACGGACCCCGCGGCCAACCUCACCAAGAUCGUGGCCUACCUGGGAACCUACAUCGGUGGCGUCACCUUCAGCGGAUCUCUGGUUGCUUACGGCAAACUUCAAGGUCUCCUGAACUCUGCCCCCCUCAUGCUCCCUGGACGCCACGUUUUGAACGCCAGUCUCAUGGCUGCCAGCGUUGGGGGCAUCAUCCCUUACAUGAUGGACCCGAGCUACACCACGGGCAUCACCUGCCUCGGCUCUGUUUCUGCACUGUCUGCUGUCAUGGGCGUGACCCUGACGGCGGCGAUCGGUGGUGCGGACAUGCCGGUGGUGAUCACCGUGCUGAACAGCUACUCCGGCUGGGCUCUGUGCGCCGAGGGCUUCCUGCUCAACAACAACCUGCUGACCAUUGUGGGGGCCCUCAUCGGCUCGUCCGGGGCCAUCCUCUCCUACAUCAUGUGUGUGGCCAUGAACCGCUCCCUGGCCAACGUCAUCCUCGGGGGCUACGGCACCUCCUCCACCGGCACAGGCAAGCCCAUGGAGAUCACGGGGACCCACACCGAGGUCAACGUGGACCAGAGCAUCGAGAUGAUCAAGGAGGCCCAGAACAUCAUCAUUGUUCCAGGUUAUGGUCUGUGUGCUGCUAAAGCCCAGUAUCCCAUCGCUGAUCUGGUCAAGUCACUUACUGAGCAGGGCAAGAAAAUCAGGUUUGGUAUCCACCCUGUAGCCGGACGCAUGCCCGGGCAGCUGAACGUGCUGUUGGCCGAGGCCGGCGUGCCAUACGAUGUAGUUCUGGAGAUGGAUGAGAUCAACCAUGACUUCCCGGAGACUGACCUGGCUUUGGUCAUCGGAGCCAACGAUACAGUAAACUCGGCCGCACAGGAGGACCCCAACUCAAUUAUUGCUGGAAUGCCAGUGCUGGAGGUCUGGAAGUCCAAACAGGUCAUCGUGAUGAAGAGAUCUCUGGGCGUGGGCUACGCCGCCGUGGAUAACCCCAUCUUCUACAAACCCAACACGGCCAUGCUUUUAGGAGACGCCAAGAAGACCUGCGACGCUCUGGCUGCUAAAGUGCGUGAAGCUUAAUCAGCAGCACUCCAGCACCAGCCCCAGCUUCAGCUCCAGCACUCCAGGGGGGGCUGGAGUUCCUCCUGCACCAGAGCGUGCACUCUCUGAACAAAUCUUUAGAAAGAAAGCAGCAACCGUAACGUCUCACUCCUGAACACCCCCUCUUACUUUAACUCUUACUGUUUAUUUUAUUAUUUUCUUUCAUUUCUCUUCGGUUUAAUAGUAGAUCUCGUAGCUGUUCGGUUGAAGGUUUAGUUCACGUUUGUUCAGUAUUUGUUUUAAUGACGUCAUAAUGCCACUUUUUGUUCGUCUUCCUGAGUACCUGUGUAAGUAAAUUAAGCUAAACAAACAAAAAAGGGUUUAAAAAAAAAAGCGCAUUACAAAUGAUAACAUUACAACCCAAUUCAUCAACCCAACUCAAUAACUCAUAAACUCAACUCAUCCAUUUUUAGGACCUUAGCGCAGCAUAGCACAUGUCUGGGUUUUGUAUUUGAAAUAGACUUUUAUAAAUAUAUGCAUAUAAAUAUAAAAUUAGACAUUUCUUUGUGUAGUUUAGUAUAGUUUAUAGUUUGUAGACCGGGGGUAAUACCAAACAUUUGCAAGAAAAAGAAAAAAACAAGCUUUUUACUUCAUUUUCUUUCUUCUUUUCCUUUAUUUUUUGCAGCAAAAAUCUAAAAUCAUGUCUACAUCCAUCUCAUAUAUGUGACCAACCUGUAAAAAAAGGUAUAAAGAUACAGUAGUGUUGGUAUAUUAUUGUUACAUGCAGGUAUGAACUUGAAUGUUGAAGGCAGCAUCAUCAGAUGGUUAUUUUAUCUAUUUUUCCAAUCAUUUUAAACCUUCUCGUACCUCUGAAGGCCUCGUGGCUUUGAAGGAUCAGUGCUGAUAUGAAGUUAAGCCCACCUAAUGACAAUUGGAGCAUCAGAUUUGGCUGUAGAUUACUACAAUUCCAACUAAUGUUAAAGCUAUGAACCUAUAACCAUGUAAUAUAAUGUACCAUGCAUUCAGCUCUGAUGGUAGUACUGUCUGUUGUAUUAUUUAGGGGUCGUUAACAAUAAUACAAAUAGUAAUAACUAAUAACAAUUGUAAUAAUAAUAGUAAUAUUAAUAAUAAUAGUAACGACUCGCAGGGACCUUGUGAAAUACGUCUUUCCUCAUGAUCAGGGACCACAAAACAACAAGGUAGACCAUAAUAACAACAGUCCUACCUCUUGACAGUGUUAAAAAUCCAGACCAAACUAUCUGUCUUAGCUCCGCCCCUCUGCCUACCAAGGACUUUAGCAUUAUUCAUCAUUUACUAUAACUCUUCUACUGCUGUUCUACAACAGUUUAGGCUGUGUUCAGACUGCAGACGAAUCAGAUUUGUUUCUCAAAAAUCAGAUUUUGCAUCAGAUUGGAUUUGCCUGUCUUGACAUCACACAUAAAACAUUUCCGCAUGGGUUGCUGUGGUAUCAAGUUUGGCGUCAGUAGCUAAACUUAGGCUCUUUUUUUUUGGGCCUCCUGCACUUAAAACGCAUUAAAAAAAUUAUUUGAGCGUCUAGACUGAGACACAUCUGUACAAAAUUGGAGAAUUCAUUCAGUUUAACUGAUGUUUGAGUCCAUAUAUUACUAUUAUUGUUAAUUGUAACAGAUCUGGGCCAAUCUAGUAUUAUAAGAGUCUUACCCAAGGACUUUUUUAGAAUUGUAGCAGUAUAAACAAUAUAGUCACCCAGACCAGGAAUACUUUCUUAAAAAUCAGAUCUUUUAUUUGCAAAUUAUUUGGAUCAGAUCGGAUUUGCCUGUCUUGACGUCACAAACAUAAAGUUUCUGUAUGGGGUUGCUGUGGUAUCAAGUUUGGCGUCAGUAACUAAACUUAGACUCUUUUGUUUUUUUUUCCCCUGCACUUAAAACGCAUUAAAAUACGAUUUACGCUUUCAGACUGAGACACAUCUGUACAAAUCGGAGAAUUAAUUCAGUUUAACUGAUGCUUGAGUCCAUAUAUUACUAUUAUUGUUAAUUAUAACAGAUCUGGGCCAGUCUACUGUUAUAAGCGUUUCUCAAAAAUCAGAUAAAUUAUUUGCAAAUUAUUUGGAUCAGAUCGGAUUUGCCUGUCUUGACAUCACAAAUGCAGCGUUUCUGCAUGGGUUGCUGUGGUAUCGAGUUUGGCGACAGUAACUAAACGUAGACUCUUUUGUUUUUUUGACCCCCUGCACUUAAAACGCAUUAAAAAAAAAAAUUUAUUUGAGCAUCCAGACUGAGACAUCUGUACAAAUCGGAGAAUUAAUUCAGUUUAACUGAUGCUUGAAUCCAUAUUAUUGUUAAUUAUAACAGAUCCGGGCCAGUCUACUGUUAUAAGCGUCUUGCCCAAGGACUUUUUUAGAAUUGUAGCAGUAUAAACAAUAUAGUCACCCAGACCAGGAACUGUUUCUUAAAAAUCAGAUCUUUUAUUUGCACAAAUUGGAUCAGAUUGGAUUUGCCUGUCUUGACGUCACAAAAGUUUCUGCAUGGGUUGCUGUGGUAUCGAGUUUGGUGUCAGUAACUAAACUUAGGCUCUUUUGUUUUUUUGUUUUUUUUGACCCCCUGCACUUAAAACACAUUAAAAUACGAUUUACGCUUUCAGACUGAGACACAUCUGUACAAAUCGGAAAAUUAAUUCAGUUUAACUGAUGCUUGAAUCCAUAUAUUAUUACUGUUAUUGGGUCUUUUAUAAGUGUAGCAGUAUAAACAGUAUUGUCAACCAGACCAGGAAUUGAACCGAAGUCUCCCACACCAACCAUGAAACGUCUCCAAAUGUGGUUUAGAUCUAAUUUAUAAAAUAAUGUGGUUUCUACCAGUUCUGUCUAUGACAAAUCAGUCUGGAUACAGUCUAAACAGGCCAAAAAUUCAGAUUCAGUGCUGGACAUAGUCUGAACACAGCAGUAAAAAGGCCAGUUAUGUGUUUAAUCUUGAAGGAACAGGUGAUGCCACUCGUUUAGUCAUUUCAAUCAAGUUUCAAUCCAUUUUGUUUUGUUUUAUGUUUAAUUUUCUGUUAAACAAAGGCAAGAAGCAACAAGCAGCAAUAAAAUAAAACUUCAUUGUAAUAAAGAACAGAAAACCCUUGGUGCUGGACUGGUGGUUGUUCUUUGGUUGAGGAUGAAGUCUUGUAUAAUUCACACUUUUUUUCCCUCAAUAUUUCUAGACAUUUCUGCACAUUUCUGUACUGUAUAGACAUGAUGCCCCUUCGUGUGUAGAAUUAUUAUGCUGAUGCUGGUAAACAUGGGGGUGAUAAAAAAAUUAAAAUGAUGGAGUGGAAACAGAAGAAAGGGAUGGAAGGAAACAAGUGUUUUACAGAUGUUUUAUUGUCUCGCUAGGAGAUGUUAGGAGAUGAACGAGUUGCUGACAUACUGUGAAGUGUUUCUCUCUCUCUCUCUUUAUCUCUCUUCUCUGGUUUAUCGUGGAACAUCACUCUUAAUAAACAUCCAGAUCUGAGAACU